UUUAUCAAUUUACUUUUUGACAAACUUAUCGAGUAAAGUGUUUUCGUGUUCCCGCAAAAAAUCUUUUUUGGUUUUACUUAAUUUUUCUAUAAUAAAGAUGCCUUCAAUGAAGGUUGAGGGUGAUAGUGACGGAGAUGGCGAUAUGUCUGGUGGUGAUACUGAGAGGUCUGGAGGCUCGUCCAGAGGUCCAGACCGGGAUUCCAGCGCUGAGGAAGCUGAUGAACCUGAUUCUGAUGAUUCUUCGGAAAUGGAUGAGAGCGAGUGUGAAAGACGAAGAAACGAAUGCCUCGAUAACCUAUCCAACUUGGAGCGUCAGUUCUCUGUUCUUCGUGAACAGCUGUUCUGCGAAAGGAUGAAGCAUGUGGAGUACCAACUGGCUGAGGUGCGUGGUGGACGAUCACAGGAGUACCAGGUCCCAUUGCGGAGACUUCAGGAGAAUAUGAGAAUGAGGAUCGAAGUGGCCGGUGUAUUGAAGCAGUAUAGGAAUGAAAACAUAAAACACAAGUAUGAUGCAGAGGAGCAAGCAGCCCAUCAGCAUUUUAAGAGUGAAAAAUGGCUGGCGUUCGAAAAUCUAAAAGAAGAAAUCCUAGAGAAAAUUCGAAAAUUAGAAGAGGAAAGACAUACGGUAGACCUUUGGUCGUGCGGAGCUGAAUGGGGCAGAAAGAGACGUAAGAGACAGGUUACAGUGUCUCCACCGUACGUUGUUUAUAUGUUACCUGAUGCUGAUAUAAUGGAGGACUGGAGAUUAGUUAGGAAAUUAUUGGAAAGGGCUGAAUAAAUUUAAUGACUAUUGAUAAAUUCAGUGUAAGUAAUAUUUUCGAUUUGUUGUUUCAUUUUUAAAGUCUUCUUGCUGCAUUAUUUACUGUUCACGGGUAACGUUAUUGUGUUUGUUGAAAAGCGGCCAUAAUGAAACUGUUUGCCGAACAAAAUUAAUUCAAUGUUCUUUUUCCAGCGUAAAAACAUGCAAAAUACGACCUUAAACGAUAUAAAUUAAAUGUAGAGUUAAUUAAAGUCAUUAGAUGUAUUUCAAUGUAAUAAUGGUGUACCAAAAAAUUUAAUCCGCACUUCAUCGAUAGUUUCAAUAAAUAUAAACCUGAAGAUCUGUCAACAUAGUUAAUGUAUGUAUUAUAUAAGAUAUUUUGCCAUUAAAUCCCAAUACUCUUUUCCAAGGUCGAGCAUAUAUACAAGUUGAAACAUUGUUCACAGAGCGAAGUAAUCACACGAUUGUAACCUUAGAUUUAUAUAGGAGUCGAAUUUAAUUCAUUGUGUGAAUGUUUAUGCCCUUAACGUAUACAGGCCUAUACAAAAGAAAUAGAUUUUUCAUACAAACUAAGCUGUCAUCUGCUCCAUUUACUAUAUGAUAUUCCUAUUUUACCAUUUCAUGUUUUUAUGUUAUUAGCUAUUUGCUAAAGUAAUUAAUUUGCCUAAUGAUAAUAGACAUAUAUAUAUAUAUACUGGUUAUGAGACACCUUCAUAAACUUAACAUAAUUAUUACGUACAUCAUAGAAAAUCAUGUUCAUGAUAGAGCUUACGACAUUUGUUAGUGUUCAAGGUAUAUGUUAAUUCAGGUGUA